GGAAAAAUAGAAUACAAGGCAAGAAAAUAUAUUUUAAAUUGUAAAAAUAUAGAGAUACUAUAGAAAUUAAAGGGAAAGGAAAAUAAAGCCAUGGGCGGGGGUCCAAAGAGUGGUUUUUUAUUCUUCACAAUCACGUAUCUCUCCACAUAAUUUCUUUCUUUUUCUUUCUCACAGAAAAAAACGCUUACAGAUUCAUAGCUAUAUCACUUUCUGGAUCUUUACUGGUCGCCCAUGUCCGCCGCCAUGAGAAUUGUCUUCGGAUUACUAACAUUCGUCACCAUCGGAAUGAUUAUAGGUGCUUUGUUUCAGUUGGCAUUUAUACGAAGACUGGAAGAUUCAUAUGGUUCUGAUUUUCCUAAUUUCCGAACAUCACACAGGCGUCAACUUGAUAGUUAUCUUCAGUUGCCCAGAGGUAUUCAUCAUUGGAAUGACGACAAAGAGGCAACAGUUUUACGAAUUGGAUAUGUUAAACCUGAAGUAAUUAGCUGGUCACCUCGUAUCAUCGUACUUCAUAAUUUUUUGAGCGUAGAGGAAUGUGACUAUCUUAGAGGUUUAGCCCUCCCCCGUCUUCAUGUUUCUACUGUGGUGGACACAAAAACAGGGAAGGGAAUAAAGAGUAAUGUUAGAACAAGCUCGGGGAUGUUUCUUUCUCCUGAAGAGAAAAAGUAUCCAAUGAUACAGGCUAUUGAAAAGCGUAUAUCUGUCUAUUCACAAAUACCUGUGGAAAAUGGGGAGCUGAUUCAAGUCUUAAGGUAUGAAAAGAGUGAGUUUUACAAACCUCAUCACGACUACUUCUCUGAUACUUUUAACUUGAAGCGCGGUGGUCAGAGAAUAGCAACAAUGCUAAUGUACUUAAGUGACAAUGUUGAGGGUGGAGAGACAUAUUUUCCUAUGGCUGGUACAGCAGACUGUAGCUGUGGUGGAAAAAUAAUGAAAGGUUUAUCCGUGAAACCAAUUAAAGGAGAUGCCGUUCUCUUCUGGAGCAUGGGUCUUGACGGACAAUCUGAUCCAAAUAGCAUACAUGGCGGUUGUGAAGUACUUUCAGGGGAAAAGUGGUCAGCUACAAAAUGGAUGAGGCAAAAAGUUACCUCUUGAAGUAAAUUUGGCAAAGUUUAUAGAUAUUCUUUACAAAUGCAGUCAGUACUCAGUCCAGCUUAGAGGUGUACAGGCAGAAUUACAUCUUUUACAUAACCACCCUUGCUGUAAGAUAGGAGAGCGUACAACUCUUUUCUACUGAGGCUUCGGUUAAAUUAUAUGCUUUUCUUUCUUUGUCAAGUCUCAGAAGAGAAACUAUAGGGUAGUGGUAGUUGAUGUUGAAGUUGGUUAUAGAAAGUAUGUAUAACUUACAUUAGAAUUUUCAGUGGAGUGCUCCCAUGAAAAAAUGAAAAACUUGUAGUAGAGAACAUGCUUUAUCCUCUCCUUUUGGCUUUAUACUUGGGUUUUUUUUUGGGAAUCAAAUUCUUCACUGAAUUUGGAAAUUGUUAGGUAUAUGCUGUACUAACAAACAAAUGAAAAAUUAUGAGAGUAUGGGAUGAAAAAUUAUACUUGACUAA